AUGUAAGAAUAUAACAAUGACAAUUUAUAUCAUUCACAAAGUUAAAUUUGCUUAAUGACAGAAAAAAAAUAAAAAUGGAAUAUUCAUCACAAAUAUGUUAUGGAGAUUUUCAAAAAUUAAACAGAAGACUAUGUUUAUGAUUUUAGGUAGGUAUGUUAUUUGAUUUUAUCUAAUGACGUUGGAAUUUUUAAGUAUGCCUACAAUGGGCAAUUUAUAAGAAUGUAUGUAAUGUGAUUAUACUUCUUUAUCUUAGAGAUAAACAGAUGGAAUCUAAUUAGGUAAUUUUAAAAAAUCUAUAAUAAUUAAAAAAUUUAACUUGGAAAAGGAUAGUAGGGAGCAAAAACAAAAAACUUGAAUUUUUGGUUGCCUAUUGGAAAGGAAAAAAGUUAAACAUAGGAGGAUAUUAUACUGAAGAUGGCUUAAAGAAUGGAAUUUGGAGAGAAAUAUCAGAAAAUUAUUGGGAGUAAUAAUUAUAUUAAGUUAAGUUAAUAAAAAAUGAUAAAUAUCGGGAACUAUAAUCAAGGAAAAAAAUUUGGAAAGUGGAAUACUAAAUAUAAGAUCCAAAAUGAUAUUCAAAACAUUACUAUGUAUAUUUUUGGAAAGAGUUUUUAGAGAAGGAGGGCAUUAUAAUUAAAAUGGAUUAAAAACAGGAAAAUGGAUAGAUUUUAAUAAUAAUUUCUUUAAGUAUUUAUGGUAACCAUUUAGAUUUUGUUAAGUUCACUAUUAAGGAGAAUAUAAUAAGAAUAAAAAACAAGGAAUAUGGAAUAUAUUAUUCCAAUGCAAUUAAUCUAAUAUGUAUAAAAUAAAGUAUGCAAGUUUUUUUUAUAAAUUUAGUGGAGGGGGAAUGUAUGAUGAAAAUGGCCAGAAAAAGGGAAAAUGGAUUGAAAUAUUUGAUAACUUCCAUAAGUAAAUAAAUUAUGUUAUUCAGUUAUUGCUAAGUUAUUGAGAUUGGCUAAUAUAUUGAAGGUAAGAAAAUUGGCAAAUGGAUUAUUUUAGAAAGAUUUCGAUCAGAUUUAGACUUUUAAAUCAUGUAAUAUGUUUUUUUUUAUAUAAAGAGGAGGCGGUAUAUAUGAUUUUGAUGGAAUAAAAAAUGGAUACUGGAUAGAUUUGAAAGAAAAUUAUUGGCAGUUCUAUAUGUUCUUAUACUUUUUAGAGAUAAUAAAGUUUUGUAUAUAGGAUUUUAUAAAGAAGGAAAGAAAUAUGGGAAAUGGAAUAUCAAAUUUUAAUUAGAAGUAAAUUAUAGUUAUGUUUCAAUGUAAUUUUAAUUUAAAUGAUUAUAAGAGGUGGAGGCCAUUAUAAUGAAAGAGGCUUAAAACAAGGGAAAUGGAUUGAUUUACAUGAAAACUUUUAUAAGUAAUUAAUUUUUUUCAAAUUUUAAAGAGAAUGUUAAGUCUUAUUAGUAGGAGAGUAUAAAGAUGGUGUUAAAAUUGGAUGUUGGGAAUUUUAAUAUGAAAUAUGGACUGAUUUUCAUAUUAUGUAAAGUUUCCUAUAAAUUAUAAGUGGGUGUGGAAUAUAUUUUGAAAACAAUCUCAAGCAUGGAAAAUGGAUUGAUUUACAUGAAAAUUUUUAUAGGUAUUUUUUUUUAUGACUUUUAAAAUAGUAAUUGUUUGGUAGUUUAAGCAGGAGAAUAUUAAUAAGGGAAAAGAUAAGGUUGUUGGGAAUCGUUUCAUACGUAUUCUCCUAAAAUAGAAUAUAAGAAAAUGUAAAGAUUAAAUUAAUAAUAAUAAUUUAAGUGGAGGAGGAGAUUAUGAUUAAAAUGGAAUGAAAAAUGGUUAAUGGAUAGAUUUGCAUGAUAAAUUUUGGCGGUAAAGAUAUUUUUAAUAAAAGAUAGACAUUGCUAAGUAUUAUAUACUGGAUUAUUUUUUGCUGGAACUAAAUAAGGAAAGUGGAUUACUAGUUUGAGAUCUGACAUAUAAGGAACAUUAAAGCAAGUGUAAAUUAAUAAAUUUUAACAUAGAGGAGGGGGAAAUUAUAAUGAAAAAGGAUAAAAGAUAGGAGAAUGGAUUGAGAUAACUGAACAGUUUUAAGAGUAUAAUGUUUUGUUAUAUAUAUAUAGAUGUGAAUAAGAAAUUAUAAAAUGUAAAUAUGAUUAAGGAAUAAAAUUAAGAAAAAUUAGUAGAUAAAAUAUUUGUGAGAAUUAUUAUAAUAAUAUUUUUUUUGAUUGA